AAAUGAGUUAGGCUACUGUUAAGUUUGUUUGGGUCAGGUACGUAGGUCAGUGAUGCUAGCAACUCUUUUUUUGGAUAAUAUUGAGUUAAACGUUAAAAUUAUUAACUUAAAUGAAAUGAAAAAUAUUUAUAAGAAUCGGGAGAUAUGUUGCCAUUGAUUUACGCUGUGGCCUUUAAUAUUUUUAGGCUACAUUUGAGUAAACUGAAUAACGCUACGCCAAAUUAGCUAUUAGCAGUUGUUUGCUGUGUUACGGACCACUGGGUGAGCUGGAUUGGCGUUAUGAGGAUCUCAUUUUUCUACGAUUUCUAAGCUGCGUUAUGGACGUUUAUUUGCAGUGGACAUCUGGGAGCAUGAUAUCCUCGGAAAGGCAACACCUGAAAUUACAUAGAGAACUGUACAUGGAUCCAAUCAAAUAUAAGGUGGACCUGCAUGAUGUCCAGGAGAAAGUGGACCAGGCCAAAAGACGACUCUCUCUGCAGAGCUCAGCCGAGAUUCAGAGUUGCCUGAUGAGUUCAGGGGAUGUUGGCUGCGGGAUAUUUCAGUGCUUCAACAACUCCUGUGAAAUCCAUGGGCUGCACCACAUAUGUAUCACCCUGCUGCACAAUGCUGGACACUAUGACUCUCAGGGCAAAUCCUAUCUGAAGGAUGUGUUGCGGUGCAUAGCGCUGGGACUCAGCUGCGUGAGCCGCAGGUGCGCAGCUGUAAAAGAGAUGGUGUUCUCGCUCCAGAGAGAGUGCUACUCCAAACACCAGCUCUGCUUGGCACUACAGGACCACAUGGACACCACGGGGAGCCUGGUCCAGUUCCACCUGAUGUUCCCCCCUGGACCAUACGUGGAGCUGGUGAACUUCCUGUUGAAGUGCGGAGACAAGGUCAGGUCGUGGGUCAGUCAGCGGCUGCGUGGGCAGUGUGAGCAACAUUGGGGGGCGCUGUGCAGCAGCUUUGAUAGGACCUGCUCUUUCAGCCAGUUGGAUGCUCCACAGCACACCACUCACUCACCACCCACCCUGCCCUGGACUAUCACAAAUGAGAGAACCCUGCAGCAGCCGACCAGUGCGGCUGAACGAGAUGACAUGAACGCUCUCGAUCGGACGGACAGCACAACUGAAUCUGGUCUGCCUGUGUCAGAGAAAACCUAUGUUACUGCUUCAUAGACAGGAGGGUGUCAUGCAUUCAUGCAGGUUGAGGUGUGGACAAGGGUACAACACAACGAUCAUGCACCUAUUACUAUAUACUGGUAGCAGAAUGAAUAGUAGUAGUUUUUAAGCUUUUCAGUGUAGUGUUGCUGGUAAACUUCAGCAUAAUUUAUUUAAUUUUCUGGGUAUUUGCAAUGUUUUCUUUACAUUUGAAUUUGUUUAAGGAUGGAAACCAAUAAUCUACCUCACUUCAACAUGUCAGUAAACCACAGCAGCUGUCUCCUUCAGCAACAGGCAUGAACACACAAACACUACACUAGAUCAAGAGUAGCUGAAGUGGGUAUGCAAAUGAUUAGGCUUUUGUUUUUUAUGAAGACUGUUACAUUAUGUGCUGUAUAGCUGACACUAUCAAACAUUACUUUGUAGAGUCAGGGUGCAGUCUGCAGGAAGGAAAGCACUCUUUAGUUAUGUGUAAGAAAGUGCAUGUUUGUCUACUUGAAUGAUCACAUUUCAUAAGGUUCAAGCUAUAUUUUAUAAGUUUUUAUUUAAAAGAAUCUAAAAAUACAUUUGUAAACAUUUUGAAUAAACUACAGCGAUGUCACUGGCCAGAGAAGAGUUUCAGUCAGUCCUGUCCUGUUUGUUCUUCACAGUAAGCACUGCUGUACCAUCUCUGGUGAUAGUGUUCGGUAUGCUGCCAUCUACUGGCACAGUGGUGGCAGUGCACAAUAAAUAUCACUAUGCUUUUUUCUAACGGAUCUGUUCAACAUUCACAGUGAACCUGGCAGACUAUAGAAGCAGAUCCCUGCCAUGAUGUUUGAGGGCACCAUAACCACACUUCGAGCACUAAUUUGGCAACUCAGCACUUGAGAGUGUGUAUAGAUUUGUAAUUGCAAAUACAGAUUUGAGAGCGUAAUCCAGGACAUGCAUGCUCUCGUUUCUGUGGUCUCAGAUUUCUCCACCGGUGUUUGUGUGAAAACCCAGUGGAGAAAUCUGUGUGCACAGAUUCAG